AUGUCCGCGACGAUGCUUCAUCUCCCCGCAGAGAUCCUAGCGGAAAUUAUCCGCGCUGCGGUUGACAUCAUACCAGUCCGAGACUUGCUCAAGUUAAGAUUUUUAAAUGCCUUCUGUGCAAAGGAGGUCAUGGCGGUGCUGAUAGAAAGCCAGCGUCUUGAAGACGACGGCUUCGGUUUUGCAUACGAAGAUCGACAUGAAUACGACCCUUGCCGACGAGACUACAACGAAAAAUGGUGGUUGAGAUUUCCCGCACGCUAUAAGAGACAGUAUCUUCAUCGAAAGAUGCAGGAGCACCCAGCUAGGCGGUGUGUGUUUAGCACUUUCGUCCAAGGAGUACUCGAUGUACCACAUGAGCCACGUACAGUUGAGCAGGAGACGCUGCUAACUGACAAAUUGAUCGAUGCGUGGCUAUGCGGGAAAUUUGUUCGUGUCCGUGAUGUCCUGGAUCCUAGCCGCUAUGAAUCGUAUCAGGAGUGGUACUACGAGAUGCAUCAUGAUAGACCUGGGUUUAUUACUGCGCACUGGGAAGACUUUGAUAAAACCUUGCCUAUUGCUCUGGCGGCCAGUGCAAUCCGAAAUGGUAACUGUGUUGAGCUACAGGCGGUAAUUGAUCGCUACUCAGAGGAACUAAGAAAGGAACCGCAUAGCAUCAAUUUCUUGGAACGACAGAGUGAUCGACUUGGCGGAGUCUGCCCGCUAGAUGUUGCUGCUAAAUAUGGUUCUGGGGAUAUCAUUAAAGUCUUGCUUAGGAAUCAAUGUGGGAUUAGUUAUUUCUCUUACGCUUUCUACACCAGUGCUUUAUCAGUUGCUGCGCGAAGUGGGAAUAAAGAGGCGCUGAAGGUUUGGAUUGAUCACAUGAAAAACAUCAAUAACGACAUUACCAUUGAGCUACGCAGAGCUGUUAAUAACGCGACCAAGAUUGGAAAAUUCGAUAUGGUCAAAUUCAUUGAAGAGGAGUGCGGAUUCCAGUUUGACAACAGGGAGGUACUUUACGAUAGUUUCGUCGAUGCUAUCCAGUCAAGGAAGCUAGAUGUUGUGCAAAAGUUUCUUGAUCGAGGCGGUUUCGAUAUCAACAUGAAAACUCGGCGCAGACCUAAUGGGGCACUAUUUGCAGCCAUUUCAAGGACAAGGAGCCCAAAUUUAUCGAUUGUAUCGCUUCUUCUGGCUAACGGGGUCGAUUUAAAUGAUGUCCACGGGAGAACACAUCUUACACCACUUCAAACUGCUGUGAAGAUGCAGCAUUUUGAGUUGACGAAGCUCUUGAUAGAGCACGGAGCAAAUGCUCACACUCCGAUAUAUGAUCCUCAUAAAAAAACGAUGAUGCCUCUUUUGCAUGUAGCAAUCCAGAACAGAAGUACUCCUAUGGUUCGGCUUCUGCUGGCCCAGGGGUUGGAGAGAGAGUACACUUGGAAAGGGAAAAAGCACGAGGUCAAAGGAGAUCCAAAGGAGGGCUGUGGCUCUGAAGUUUGGUACCAAAUAGUUAAAUGGCACGGUAAGCAAGCCAUCUAUGAACAUGACGGCUAUGUGGUGGUCAUAGGGGGAUAG